GUCUUAAUUUUCAAAAUGGUCAACUUCCCGAAGAAAAAGGUUCUGCACUGCCCUGACAAGCGUUGCAAUACGCACAAAACCUUCAAAGUGGUCCAGUACAAGGCCGGCAAGGCUCGCCUGUACGCUCGUGGUAAGCGUCGUUACGAUCGCAAGCAGUCUGGUUACGGUGGUCAGACAAAACCUAUUUUUCACAAAAAGGCCAAGACCACGAAAAAGAUUGUCCUGAAGCUUCAGUGCUCCAGUUGCAAAUCUAUCAUCCAGAGUGUCCUCAAACGUACCAAGCACUUUGAGUUGAAUGACAAGAAGAAGACUGGCAACAAGGACCCCACCUGGUAAAGAAGUUAUGUCUUAUAUUUGAUUGAGAUAGUGAUUUUUAUUUAUUAAUAUUAAAUAUAUAUAUUAA